AAUUUCCCGAAAUUUAAUUGAAAGAAUUCAAAGGAACGAAUAUUUCUUCGUUAUUUCUGCUAGGAUUAAAUUAUUUGAAAUAAUGGAAAAACUAUUCAAGUUGAAGGAAUUAUCAUACGUCCUCAUAUUUUAUAACGGGAUUUUGUACUUCUGAAGAAACUUUUAAUAAGUCGAGAUUACAGCUCAUUGACCAAAUCACGAUGAAAGCAACUAUAAUUACUCAAAUAUUUUUUGUUUUCGUUUUGAAAUCCUACGCUGACGAUAUUUUCGAAGCUGAUUUAGGCGAAGAAUUCAAGAUCGGUUUAACAGAAAAAGGAUACAAAUCUGUUAAAUUAAAAUGUGGGGCAAACCAUAUGACCCUCACAAUCGAGACAGAUGAAGAUUUCACAGGUGUGAUAUAUACCAGGGGUAGUUUUUAUGACAAAAAUUACCCUUGUUUCUUGAAUGCCGCUAAAAGUGAAAAUAGGAGGAAUUUCACUAUGAAAUUUAAUUUGAGAGAAUGUAAUACUAAAAAGAAAAAAGAUAGAUAUUUAAACACAUUAGUUUUACAACAUGACCAUGAGCUGAUAAUGCCAGGAGAUACAGCAUUUAAUCUUGAAUGUGAUUUCAAGAAGUUCAGAGAGACAACAGAUACUUUGGUAUUUGUAGAAAAAUAUGUCACAUCAAGGAUAGGCUUAACAAAUGCUGACCCAGCUGUGAAAUCUGAAAAUAUUUUACCAAUGGUUGAUACCAACACAAAUACAGCUACUUUAACACCAGAUUUCUACAAAAAAUAUAAGGAUGAACUGUAAUUUUUAUUGAAUCAUGAAUAAAGAUAAGAAUAAUCAUU